AUGUCGUUUUUGGUCAGUGCCAUGGGCCUUGCCGAGAUGGGCAUCACGCUCAAAGCUAACAAGACGAUGCAGCUCAUUGACAUGCAUCUCAACCAUAAAGGGGCCGUCUUCACCAAGCUCUCCUUGGCGCCGCUGUCCCUGGACCAUGAUCGUGCAAGCUACCUCGUCAACAUGGCGGCUCUCGAGUUGUGCACGGUUGAAAGCUUUGGAGCUGCGACAGAUGAGGUCUCUGCUGUCUGCUCCUACCUACUGCUACUGGCCAAUUUGGUAUACAGGGAGGAGGACGUGCAGGAGCUACGGGAGAGGGGUCUCCUGCAGAUAGGAGGAGGGCUCACCAACUCGGAGGCGCUCGCCUUCUUCACGAGCGUCCGUGGUCUGCGCUUCGGACCAUGCUAUCACCGCAUCAUGGAACAGAUCAAGACUUACAGGGACAAUAGCUUGAUGAAGACCAAGCUGCACGCGUUUCUCCACAACCACAAGAAAACCUUAGCGGCGGUUGUCACCGGCAUUGGUGCUGUUGGCGGGAUCAUAGGGACACUCCUGUCAAUCAAAAAGUCCAUUUGA